AUGUACAUGCAAACGUACAGCCGCCGUACUGUCGGCCAAGGAUAUGCUUUGUUCUGCCAUUAUGCCGCUGGCCAGAUGCACAUGGCCGGCCCAUCAAACCCUCUUUUUCCAUCGAGCCAGGACAUGGCAACGGGCAAACAAAGGGACGAUUGCCACCACCAAGCAACCCUCACGACUCAUCUCGGCCUCCGCGUCGUUGCGAGACUCGAGCGACAAAGUAAAACCGGGCGAGCGAUCUCUUCACAUGUCCACCAACCGUCAUGGUUGACCCGAAACCUCCCCCAAUCGGCCUGUCACCGGCGAAGGCCAUCCUUCUUGUACUCGGCCACGCCUCCUUCGCGCAGCAUCAGUCAUCCUUCAUAA